AUGGAUCAACAACAAUUCUUAGAGCUCUUACAGGGCGUUCAGAUUCCUGAUACGGAGCGUGUCAAGGCAGCAACCACAGAAUUACGAAAGAACUAUUACCCAAACCCAGAAUCCCUUCUCUGGCUCAUCGAGAUCUUCAUCGCUCAUGGAGAUCAAGCCAUUAGACAACAAGCCGCCGUCGAGGCUCAACGCUUGGUCAAGAAGCACUGGAAAAAUAUUUCCGAUGCCCAAAAACAACAAAUCCGAGAACAACUCCUACAAAAGACACUGAACGAGGAGGUCAAAUUGGUUAGACACUCCGGUGCUCGUGUCAUUGCCGCUAUCGCAGGCCAAGAUAUCGAGAACGGACAAUGGGCCAACCUUCCAGAUACUCUUGCACAAGCCGCAAGCUCUCCUCAAGUCUCACAUCGUGAGGUCGGAGUUUUCAUUCUCUUUACCUUACUCGAGACUGCUUCACCAUACUUCGCCGAGCAAACUGCUGUUUUGUUCUCCAUUCUCAGCAAAACCAUUCACGACCAAGAGAGCACUGAUGUUAGAAUCAACACUUUGAUCUGCCUUGGUGCCGUUGCUACCAUGAUCGAGCCGGAUGAGGACCCAGAAAGUUUGAAACUCUUCCUUGAAAUCUUCCCACAAAUGGUCAUUGUCUUGAAGAACUUCAUUGAUUCCAAGGAGGAGGACCGCACUGUACAAGCUUUCGAGGUUUUCCAAACUUUGUUAGGUUGUGAAUCAGCAUUGAUCGCACCUCACUUCAGAGACCUCUGCAACUUCAUGCUUGAGGUUGCCUCGAAUACCAACAACGAAAACGACGCCAGAACUCAAGCUUUAUCUUUCAUCAUGCAAUGCACCAGAUAUAGAAAGAUGAAGAUUCAAGGCACCAAGGAUUUGGGUGAGAAGAUCACCAUGACCAGCAUGCAAAUCGCUACCGAGCUCGAGGACGACGAUGAUGAGGACGAUGAGACUUCUCCAGCUCGUUCUGCAUUGGGUCUUCUAAGUUUACUUGCAGAAAGCUUGCCACCCCGUCAAGUUAUCGUUCCACUUCUCAAUGCUCUUCCACAAUUCUCCAACCACCAAGACCCAAGAUACCGUCAAGCUGGUAUCCUUGCACUCGGUAUGUGUGUUGAAGGUGCACCGGAUUUCGUCGGCACUCAAAUGGAUAGUUUCUUACCCAUUGUCUUCAAACUGCUCGAGGACCCAGAAAGUGGUGUCAGACAUGCAGCUCUCAACGGUGUUGCAAGAUUGGCAGAUGAUCUUGCCGAAGAUCUUCAAAGCACUCACGAGCACCUCAUCCCUGCUCUUCUCAAGAACCUUGAUGCUGCUAUGCAAUAUGCAGCUGGUGGAAAUAACGACAAGCAAACUCUUGAUACCAUGAAGGCAUCAUGUGGUGCUUUGGACUCCUUGACUGAGGGUAUGGAUCAAGAAAUUGUCAAGAACUACCUCCCAACUCUUGUCCCACGUCUUACUCAAUUGUUAGACCACCCAGAUGUUGGUGUCAAAUCUGCUGCCGCAAGUGCUAUCGGUUCUCUUGCUAGCUCCGCCGAAAAGGAAUUCCUUCCAUUCUUCAAGGAUACCAUUGAAAAACUGGCUCAAUUUGUUGAAUUGAAGUCGAGCAAUGAUGAACUUGAUCUCCGUGCUACUGUCUGUGACUCCAUUGGUAGCAUGGCAUCAGCUGUCGGUGCUCAAGUCUUCCAACCUUAUGUCAAGCCAUUGAUGCAGGCAAGUGAAGAAGCUUUACAUCUCGACCAUCCACGUCUCAAGGAAACCAGUUACAUUCUCUGGAGUACCUUGGCAAAGGUUUACGAGGAGGAAUUCACACCUUUCCUUGAGGGAGUCGUCACUGCUUUGGCUGCAUGCUUGGACCAGGAAGAAGACAACCUUGAGGUUGAGCUUGGUGAGCAUGCUCAAGACUUGCUUGGCCAAGAGGUCAUUCUCGCUGGAAAGAAGGUCAAGGUUGCUGGUGCCACAGAUGUUGAGGAGGCCGAUGACAUGGAUGACGAUGAUGAUGAUGAAGACUGGGAUGAUCUCACCGCAGUUACCGCCGUUGCAAUGGAGAAGGAAGUCGCCGUCGAAGUCAUUGGUGAUAUCCUUACACAUACUCGUCAACACUACAUGCCUUACUUUGAGAGAACCAUCGAGGCUAUCUCUCCAUUGGUUGAACAUUCUUACGAAGGUGUUAGAAAGACUGCCAUCAGCACAAUGUGGAGAGCAUACGCUUGCCUUUACAGCAUGAUGGAAGACAAGACCGGAACAAAGUGGACUCCUGGUUUGCCUUUGGCAAUUGAGCCAACUCCUGAGUUGGUCAGAAUGGGAGAAAUUGUCACAACUGCUACAAUGUCUCUCUGGGAAGAUGAAUAUGAUCGUGGUGUUGUUACUGAUAUCAACCGCAACGUUGCUUCUACAUUGAAGCUUUGCGGGCCAGCUAUUUUGGCUCAACCAAACUUUGCUGAAUCCAUCAAAAACGUCAUCUUCAGCGUCAUCAUGCGUCUUCACCCUUGUCAACAAGAUCUUGGUGAUGAACUUGAGUCACCUGAUGAGGAAGAUGCUGAAUCUUCCGAAUAUGAUUGGCUCGUCAUAGAUACCGCUCUCGACCUUGCUUCAAACCUCGCUCUCGCCCUUGGAGCUCAAUUUGCCGAGAUUUUCAAGGAGUUCGAGAAGCCACUCAAGAAGUUUGCUUCUUCCAACACUCCAUUCGAGAGAUCUACCGCCAUUGGCGUCAUUGCUGAAAUCACUGGCCACAUGGGAUCAGCCAUUACCCCAUUCACUGCAUCCCUCUUGCCAGUUCUCCUCAAACGUCUCUCUGAUACCGACCCCGAGGCAAAGUCAAAUGCCGCAUAUGGUACCGGUCUCUUGAUCUUCCACUCCCAAGAUAGCGCCACUUACCUCCCAUCAUACAACAACAUCCUGAGCAAACUGGAGCCUUUACUUCAGACCAACCACGCCCGCUCCAUUGAUAACGCCUGUGGAUGCGUCUCCCGUAUGAUUAUGGCCCACCAAGAUGCUGUUCCACUCAACGAUAUUCUCCCAGUGAUGGCUGGAUUAUUACCUCUCAAGGAAGAUUACGAAGAGAAUGAGCCAAUCUUUGAAAUGAUUGCUGGACUUUACAGUCAAAGCAACCAAACAAUUUUGCAACUCACUCCAAAAUUGAUUCCAGUAUUCGCUGCCGUCCUUGGUGAGCCAGUCGAACAAUUGGAGAUUGAAACUAGAGAGAAGGUCAAGGGUGUUGUUAAGUUCAUUGGUGGAAGUCACCCAGAACUGUUGAACGGACACCCAUCAUUGCAAAACUUGUAA